AUGGGUUGUCAAAACGAUAUGAUUAAAGUGAUAAUUGAAGAUUUAGCGAAAAAUAAUUUGUGCAAUUACUGCAUAUUGAGAUAUUUAAAUGAAAAAAAUUCCAAUUCCUAUAAUGAUGUCGACGGACGUAUAAAAAAACUAUUGAACGCGCAAGAUGAAGAUUACUUACCUGAGAUAAAAAAAACUAAAUUGAAUCCUUGCUCAGCUUGUUUAGGUUUACUUCAGUUAUCUGAUUCCAGUGAGCAGUUAAAUACAGUUAUUAAUAGUGUUAUAGAAAGUGGAUAUGAUUGUGAUGAUGUUACAUUUGCCUUAUCUUUGCCCAUUUCUUUCCUCAUAAGAAGUAGAUCAAUUUGGUUACAUUUAAUAAAUAAAUUUAAAGAAUUUUUCGAAAAUAAAUAUUAUCCUCAUGAAAUUAAGCAAGAGUAUUUAGUCGUUUCUAUAAAAGAAGUCUGGAAAUGGUUAUCAUCUCAAAAAAUUGCAAAAAUGAUAGGAAAAAAUGCUAAUAAUGGAGUAGAUGGUAAUUUUCAUGUAAAUAUUCACAUAAAUUAUGAUGAUGAUAAUUUAGAAACUGCUUCAUUAUUUAAAAUGUUUCCAGAAGAAUUUCAAUAUAGAAAUCAUCAUAAGAGAAAGUUUCAUGGAGAAAUUUUAACUAGAAAAAAUGUUGAAAAAAUGCUUCUGGAAACUGAUUUAAAGUCAUUUGAUAAUAUUUAUCCGGUUCCCCCGAAAACUCCAAAUACAUUUUUUCAGUUUUCAACAGUGCAAUGCAUGCAUGAUUCAAUUUAUGUGGCUGGAAGAUAUAAUAAACUAUCGAGAAAUUUAAGUCAAACCCCAUGGAUGAUCAAUGGAGAAAGACGAAUGGAAAGUUCUGUGGAAGAAAUUAUUGAAAAACCGAUUUCUAAUUAUAUAAAAAAUAGUGGUACUAAAUUUUCCAGCUCUGGAAGGGAAGAUGUAGAUGUUAGGACUUUAGGAAAUGGACGUCCAUUUGUAGUGGAAAUUCUUAAUCCUAGAAAAGUUAAAAUUGAUCAACAAUAUAUGUUAGAAAUUGAAAAAGAAAUUAAUAAAUCAACAAAUGAUGUUUUCGUUAGAGACUUACAAAUCGUUCAAAAAAAAGAUUUACAUCACAUAAAAGCUGGUGAAGAAACCAAAACAAAAACUUAUACAUGUUUUUGCCUCAUCAAAUUAGAUAAUAAUGAUGAAAUCCCUGAAAUAAAAGAAAAAUUAAACAAUUUAAGUCAAAUAAAAGAUUUAGUUAUAAAUCAAAGAACACCCAUUAGAGUUCUUCAUAGGCGUCCACUUGCUGUUCGACCAAGAACUGUUUACUGGUUGAAAGCUGACUUUCAUGAAAUUAAAAAUAAUCACUUAUUUUUUAAAUUGUCAUUAAAAGUUGGUGCUGGAACUUACAUAAAAGAAUUUGUUCAUGGAGAUUUUGGAAGAACCACACCAAAUUUAUCUGAAAUUUUAGAAAAAGAAACAGAUAUUUUAGCUUUAGACGUGGAAGAAGUGGCUUUACAAUGGCCACCAAACUAA